CUAGGUGGUGAUCUUAAGUUUCUGAACAUGGUCUCAGGGAUAUCAUCAUGUGCUUGCAACUAUGGUUGUGUGUGGUGUAAAUUUCCAGAUCUGCUUCACAUGUUUUUGCGCAUAUCCGAUCAAUUGGUAAACCAUCUUAUCACAGAGUUGAGAGUUUUGGACAAUCUGCAAAGAUGCAAGCAAUGGGUACGAACACUUGUGAUGGUUUACCAAACUAAAGACGCGACGCCUUACAUGUAUAUCUUAGCAUACCAUGUCUGUGAUAUGAUAAGACUUCAUGGAAAUCUGAGAAGCUUUUCACAGCAAGGCUUUGAAAAGUUAAAUGACUGUGUUACAUCGUGGUUCUUCCGCUCAAGAUGUCACAGGAGUAGAGAAACAUUGAAGCAGGUUAUGCUUAAACAAAACAAAACAAAACAGAAUGGUUUCUUCACAGAUUUUUAG